AUGGAAGCAGUCAAGAGAAAUCCAGAUAUCUCUGUGGAUGAUCUUCAGUCCGAGUUCGAUUACCAAAGUGAAGUUGAGCGUCAAAAGCGGAAGCGAUGUGAUUUGAACGAAAAGAACUUUAGUAGUCUGGUCAGUCUCAUGCUACGAGCGCGGGCCUGGUUUCAGGACGAACAUGGUCGUGUGCACAGGCAAAUGUCUCGUAUGAUGGCGAUGGACGCUUACUCUCGGCACAAGGAGUUGAUUAAUUUGUAUUAUUUGUCGCACCCUGGAGCGACCAAAAUGUUACAGCGGGACACUAGUAAGGAUCGAACUGAUUAUGAUGUGCUCAAGCUUCUUCGUCAUUCGAUCUUAUCUCAGGACAAUCAUAAAUUUCUAUGGAGCGAAGAGGAUGAAGCAGCCGUUGCUACAAAUUGGGAAGCUCGAAUGGCCAAAAAAUAUUACGACAAACUAUUUAAAGAGUACUGCAUCAUUGAUCUUACCUACUUCAAAAAGAAUAAAAUAGCAAUGAGAUGGCGAACAGAGGCAGAGGUUCGUUCUGGGAAAGGACAAUUCAUAUGUGGUGCAAAGAAAUGUCAAGCUAACAGCGAUUUGUCAAGUUGGGAGGUAAAUUUAAAAAACGCCCUUGUCAAAGUUCGGCUCUGUCGUCAGUGCUCUGAAAUGCUCAAUUAUGGAUCACAGAAGAGAAGAAUUGAGAAGAAAAAAGCUUUGGGAAAGAAGAAAAAGGCUUCAGGACAUUCUGGCGGCGAAUCCGAUAAGGAGCACAAAUCAGAUUCUAAGCAGGAAGCCACAGGCCCCCCCCCCCUCUCACUUUCUUCGACUCAACUUUCCAACAUUUCUGUUGAUAAAAACCUCUGUUAG